UCGGGUUCACCUCGAACUAUCUAGUUGUAAUAUUGUACAUAGUGUAACUUGCGUCAUCGAAUGAUUUAAUUGUGCGUUUAUUAUGUACGCCGAAUACAAUCGUUGAAACUUUAUGUGACAAAAAGUCAUCUGCAUAUCGCUUAUUGUUAUUAAGAAGCAAGCAUUUUGAACGUAAUAAUGGGAACUAGAAAAUUAGGCAUAUCGCGUGCUUUUGUUUGUUGCUCGAAUAUAAUUUUCUUGAUGUCGGGUUUCGUGCUAAUGUCCUUAGGAGGAUUAUUAUUAGCCGACAAUGAACGGAUUUUAUUAUCGCGCCUGUUAGGACCUGGUGAUAUUCAUCCUAUUGCUAUUACUGGACUUCUUGGAUGCUGGGCGGCUUGUCUCUUUAAUCGUUGCAUUACAAUCUCCUAUCUCUUAACAAUAAUAUUGUUGCUGCUCGGUGAGUGCACCGUGUGCAUUAUCGCUGUUUUCUGGCCUCAUAUACUGGGGAUCGACGUAAGACCGGCACGUUUGAUACGCGCUUUACAACGCAGUUAUGCCGUACCUGGACGCGAGCAAUUUACGGCUGCACUCGAUCUUGCACAAACAAUAUUUACUUGUUGUGGCAUAAACGGAAGCAGCAAUUAUGGGACAUCGUGGUGGCGACUGCAGGAAGUCGGUCGCAGAGAAUUAGUGGUACCUCUCAGUUGCUGCACCCUGAAUAACGCCAAUGAGACGAGCUCCUUCCUCAACCCCGAACCUGCCAAUCUCACUCUCUGCCAGGCUCUGAACCCUGCCGAACAUCAAUACGCCCGACACACUAUGGGAUGCCUUGAACAUAUCGAGAAAUGGACGCAGGAUCAGGCCCUGAUCUUACUAGCCAUCGUAUUAGUCGUCAUGUUCGUCGAAGUUCAUGACAAUAGGAGAAGUAAAUCGCAAGCGUCGACUUUCACCUCCACGCAGACUUUAAGCCCAUUCAGCGAAAAUGAUCACGAUUUUAGUCUAGGCAUCGAGAAUAGAAUGCAUACAGCCGGAACUACAUUCGGUGCCAAAUCAUGAAGAUGGCUGGAGGGCAGCGAAGGACGGACAGCAGUUGACGUCAAGGACAUGAAUAAGCGAGAAACGUGC